UUCAAAAGGUGACUCGACAGUAACUCAUUUUUGAUCGCAUAGUUCCUGCAGAACGGAGUAUCGCAGGAGGGUACUCCCCAAGGGCGAACAAAUCGUUAUGUUUCGAUUGUGACGAUAGUAGUACGGUCCUGACUUUUUACACACAUGUGAAAGCGUCGAGAAGUCUUGGGAGAUGACGACAGGGACAUUUUUGCCCGGGUGACAUUUGUUGUUAUCAAGCUUGGUAAGUUGUGCACUGAUUCAGAAGGAUUUUACUCCACUCAAGUGUUCUGAUUGGAUUUACAAAAUGAGUUUUAUUGGUCGAGUAACGUAAUGGGCGUGAUUUACAAAAGUAAAGUAAUGGGAAUGGCCGCGAGGAAAUUCGCGUCGUGAACUGUGAGAGCGUUCACGUUGAGCUGUCCGGAAAAGUUAACUCGACUACCUGUAAAUUAGAGGGGGUGGUUUUAUACUUUGUGAAAAAUUAGGAUCAAGCCGCGAGGACAUUCGCGGACUUUCUGAAGAAUUUAGCAAGAAUAAAUAAACAUUUUAUAAAUUUCUCAUAUUUCUGCAACAUCUAAAAGAUCUUCGGAAAACCUUUAUUGAUGAAGACUUCUAAAGAUGCUUAACGUAUAGCGAAAUAUGUUGACUAUAAUUAUUGAUGAAAGAAACCAGGUCAUCAUUGGUGAUAGGCCCCCCUGUAUUUUGGCGCAAAAAUGCAACCUCUGCAGUUACCUCAGCUACGGUACCUACUGAUUAAGCAUCAGAAAAACCCGCGUGUGUCAAAUAAUUUCAGAAUGUCAAUUCCGGGUCCAAUGGCAAAAUUUCGAAAAAUGAAGCGCGCAAAUUGAGUAGACCCAGCUAAUUACAAAAUUUCUCGCAACUAGUAUGUCUCAGAGCAUAACCAAAAGGCUCGAAGAUCUUGAGAAAGAGAUACAAAUCUUACUCACCCUUCAAGACAUCGGAAGCAGCGGUUGCCAUGUCUUGAGGGGAAAAUCGGUAACGAGACACGCCGAUGGCAAUGUCGAACGAAUCGAAUUCGAAGGAAGUAAUUGCUUAAAAGCCAAAUCCAUCUGUAGCACCCAGGCGAGUUCCCCGACCGUUGGAAAUACACAAACGAUUAGAUUUGAAGAUGGCACCAGGACGCCCAAAACGGCGAAAAGCUCUUGCGUUUGUGGCACAAAACCAGUUAGCGGUGAAAUAUCAACGGCGAAAUCAGACAGCGAAAAUGAGACAAAAUCUGAAGACUCAAAAAAGUCGAAGAAAAAGUCAAAACGUGGAAAAUCGAAGAAAGGCGCAGGUGACAAGGUUGCACCUAAAGACGACGAAGAUCACUUACAGAAAUUGCAAGAGAACUUUGCCGACUUAGAAGUAAAGCUGCAGGCAGCCGAGGAGGAGAAAUCAAUGGCGCUAACAGCAAACGCUUCUCUUAAACAGACAAACGACGAACUGCGUGCAAACGAAGACUCGAAUUUGAGCAAAAUCGCUAUCUUAAAACAACAAAAUGAAGAGUUACUCAGACGUUUAGAGGCGGAAAAAGACAACAGGAGCGCUCUCGAGGAAAAAGCUAAAGCGAGCCAUGAAAGAGAGAAGAAAACUUUGGAAAGGUUGGAGGUACACACCGCGAAGUCGACGAAGAAAUUUAGGAAGCGCAGUGAAGAACUAACGUCGGUCGUUAAGGCUCGCGACGCGCACAUUCGAAAAUUAUCCGACACCACUGACAAACUCGUCGAUAGUAUCACGGAGAAAGAGCACGAAAAGCGGCGUUUAAUUGAAGCGCGUGACGAGGCCGCGCGUCACCUCCUGGAGGCGCAACACGCGAACAGAAAUCUUCUCGAAACCAACGCCGCGCUGUUGCGAAACCUGAAAGACUCGCAGGAGAAGUUCCAGGCCGAAAAGCAAAACUCGCAAAAGAUGGCGAAGCAGAUCGGGCAAGUUAAGAACGAGUCGGACAAGCUGAAAGAGGAAAUGGAGAGGCUGCGAACCAGGCUCAAAACCGCGCUGGAAGGUCCCAGAGAGGCGAGACACCUUGCCAAGUUGGAGGAACGAGUGCGCGAAAGUCGCGAACGCGAGGAGAUCUGGCUGAACGAAACCGCCCUAAUGGAGGCCAAGCUGAAGGAGCUACAGGACGAGCAGAAUAAAGCGAGCGAGGCGUUCGACUCUGAGCUGGAGUACAUGCGUGUGGCUAACGUGAAGUUGAAGAACAAAUACGAGAAGGCCAUAGACCAGGUUGAACAGUUGAAGGUGGACAACGAAGCUAGGAUUGCCGAAAUGAAAGAGGACUUUGAUAAAAUUUCAGCGGAUUUCGCGAAGAAAUUCGAGCAUUUGCGUAAAGAGAAGAAGACGCUGCAAGGUGACUUCGACCAGCUCGCCACUGCGUCGCAGCGAGACAGAGAAGCUCUGGAACAGCUGAUUGCCAGAACAAAAAAGCAGGACGAAGUGAUUGCGGCCCAACAGGACGCCCUACUUAAUAAGGACGAUAAAUUGGGAAUGUUUCUUAAAGACAACGCUAAUCUGAUGGAGCAAGUUAGGUCGGCGGAGACUAAGGUAAAUGCGCUGAAGAACACGCUGGAAGAGCAAGUCGCUGUUGGAUCGGAUGUCAAUUUGGAAAUUGACAAUUUGAAAGCGCAGAUUCAACACGAGCGCGAGGAACUCAUACGUAAGGACGUCACGAUCUCGCAGCACAUCUGCAAAGUGGAGCAGCUAGAGCACGAGCUGGCCAAUACCGAAGAUAAACUGAAGAGCGCUUUAGAAGAAUGUCGACUAGCAAACGAAGAAUCCAAGAGGACAAUGGAGGAGUUACACUUGGUUUCUUGCAAAUUGCAAGUGUGCGAAGGGAAGCAGGAGGUAAUGCGAAGAAGCUUGACCGAGGACAAGGUAAAAGUGUGCGAAGAAGGCGAUGGGCAGACGCUGUCCGCUAGAACGUUUGCCGUUUCGGCGCAGUUCGAGAAGAAGCUGGCGCUGAUGGAAGAGGAAAACCGAUUGCAACUCGAUCUGGUCGCGAAGGAGAAAGACCAUGCCGUUUACGCCGCCAAGUUUUCAACCCAAAAGCUGUUAGAAACCGUAACCGACUUCCAGCGGCAGGUCGACGUGUACAAGCAAUUACAGUUGAUGCUGGUCAAAAUCUUGCAGGAGAAAGAGGAAUGCAUUCAAGAGAUGCAGAGAUGUCCACGUUGUCCGAUACACAGGGAACCUGUUAGGAAAAAGUCUAGGAGCAGAAGAUGUCGUAGCUGUUCUGUGAACGAGUCAAAUUAAUUUUGUUUAUAUACUAUUUUGUUUGUUAUCUACUUACAGCAACUAAAUCUGACCAAAUUAUUUCGCUC